AUGAUGUAUUUCCGCUCGAGGCAUCUAAAACGGUCAGCCCCAUGGGCUGGUGGUUGGGAAGGGUCAUCUGCAGCUGGAUGGAGCAGUUCUCCGAAAGGAAGUUUUGGCGGUUCGUCAGCAAGUGGUUGGGGAGCAAGAAUUCUCAGGAAACAAGCACAUCACCGCGGCAAUCAGCCCGGUUCACCACUGAAUCGUGACACUGUUAUGGAUACAACUUCACCACUUCAGAUUGCUCAAUUCGAUGAGAAUAAUCGACGAAAGAACACCAGAGAUGGCACUGAAUAUAUGUCAUCAUCCCAGACAAUUGGUGGUAGAAUAAGGAGUGCUGAAGAGCACAGUAUCUCGAUUCCUGCAGAUAAAGCCGGAAAGUAUGGUGCAUCAGAAGAGACUGAAAAUUAUCCAGCACACGAC